AAAGACAAGGACUAAAAUAAAUUUAAAUGCGUAGAUAUCCUAUUUUCCAUUUUUCCCUUCUUCUGGCAUUGGGAAAUAAAAGCAAUUAUUUUUCAGGCAGUCGCAGCUGACUCCUUCUCUCUGUUCGUGGAUCUGUCCCGACAACAGCUCAGGAGGCGAAGAAGGGAUAAGAAAGAUGAAUUGGAUUCAGCGCAAGAUCUACCUCUACAAUGUCACUUUCGGGCUCUACAUGCUGGAUUGGUGGGAGCGUUGUCUGUUCAAUAUUUUGGUGAUCGUGUUGAUGUGGUUCAUCCUUUACAACAGUUCACGAUAUGUGACUGAUUUCUGCCGAAGGUAUAUCUGGUGAGGGAAAACAAUCGAUGCAAUAUGAGGGAUCAUAUGGUGAUGCUAGUCAUGAUCUAAUUGGUGAACUUACUCUCACAUUCGGUCUUCUGGAGAGAAUCUCAGAAUUUUGAUCUGAGCAGCCGAUUGAAUGUCUUAUGCAUCUCGUCUGCUGUUCAAGCUAUGUUGCUUUCAGCUUUCAGUUGAUGGUUAGUGUGAAACUAUUCCGAAGUGGGUUGCACCUGAGAGGAUUUGGACAGUUAUUUUAUGUCUUGCUGCACAAUUUCGCAAUUCUUGCAGAGUACUUAUGAUCUCUGGAGUCUAUUUGUAACAUUAUCUUCAUUUUACGAUGGUUGAAGUUAUACUGUCCGUUGUGCUUAUAUAGUGAAUGAAACGAUAUAAUUUAUUGAGUUCCAAAUACUGCAAUGGUACAUGUAAUUUAGUGGCACUUAGCUUUGA